UUAAAGAUUUGCCUAUGGAAUGCAAUUGAUAUGCGGAAGGAAAAAUGGCAGAUGCGUUUGUGGAUAUUUCAGAUUUCCAGUUUCGGGCACUUCAGCGUGUGAGGAUAUUCGAUAAACCGGAUGCGGUACGAUAUGAUGAUAUAUGUCCGUCCUGGAUUGCUGUUUCAUCACGAUAUGGGAUUAUUGUUUGUGCUUCUGGCUGUGAUAAAUUAAUAUCUUUAAGAAGUAGCGAUGUUCAUCGACUAAACAGCAGUAAUGCUGAUAUCAAUGUAGAAGUAACCGAUAUCCAGACGAAAGUAACCAACCUCCAAGUUGAACAGCUUAUCGCACUAACUGCGCUAGCCUGUAACUGCUCAGGUCGCGUGUUAUCGCUUUCAAUGCGAACAACAUCUGGCGCAUUCGUGUAUCUCUACGAUAUGUGUGCUUUUGCUGUCGAUCAUGUUGAGCAGAGAGGUCCUCUUUACAGUUUGCGACUCUCUGCUGAUCCAAACGCCCAGCCUUGUGCCUUAAAAUGGAACCCGCAACAGGAUACUAUAUUUGCUGUUGCUACGUCCGAUGGCGUGUUAUCCUGCUAUUCUUUUGAUAUUGAGAAAUCGUCUUCAGUAACCUUGAUUGGCACAGUUAAACACGAUGAUUUCGUAACUUGUAUAGGAUGGAGUCCUAAAGGGAAGCAGUUGGUCGUAGGCGACAUUUCGGGUUAUAUAAAGCAAUAUAAACCUGAAAUGAUCUUGGUACGCGUGACAGCACCUCCUUUAAAAGAUGUAAACCAUGCUCUGCGUUGCGUCGGAAUCAGUUGGCUUGCAACCACUGACAUUCUCAUUGCAUAUUCUCCCAAAACGGGACAGGAAGUAGAUAUAACGAAGUUAUGUGUGAAAAAGGAUGCACCAUCUCAAUGGACACAUUUCAAUGAUAUUAACUUCUGUGGCGAUAGGAGCACUUUCGAUCAGCGAAUUGAAUUUACACAACUUAUGGGCUGGAAAUUGGUGUUAUGCUCCUCGUCACGGUCCAGUGAGAUAGCAGUACUAGGUAAAAUCGGCUCUGAGUGGAAAGUCUGGACUUUAGAUGAUAAUGGACGAAUUGAAAUGCCUCUCAACUCUGAACAUUGUGAAACCUAUCCAAUUGGUGUUUCUGUCGAUGUUUCAUCAGUCCUCUCCGUUAAAAUUGGUGACGAGAGCAGUGUGGAGCAUCCUCCUUGUCCUACAAUCUUGGUUUUAUCGUCUCGAGGAGUUCUUCUUGCCUUCAGUGCAUUAUCUUCUCGUGCGGAACAUCAAAGCAUUAAUGUACAGCCGGAACGUUUGCCGUCAGAAAUUUACGGGAAGGUAGCAACAAAUGCUAAUGUAAUGCAGGACAGGCAUUCGUAUGUUGGUUCGUCAAAUACAAUAUGUCAAACUAUUCCUGUGUCCGCAGAUUCGCUGGACUCACUUACUUCUUUUGAAAACACGUCCAUUCCAAAUCAGAAUGUAUCCCUCUUUCAAGGGCAAACAAAGAUCGACACGCCGGAAACUAUACAGACAGCAACAGUAUCAAAAUUGCAUGAACUUUUACCUCGUAGUAAUGUAGAAGACUCAACAGUUUCACAGCAACAGAUACUGGAACAUUCGCAAUACCAACGGCUCAAGGCAGGGACAGAUUUGAUCAGAGAGUUACGGGAAGGUUUUCGAAAGAAACUCGUCAUUUUUGAUAAACAAUUCUUUGAACUUUGUGAACGUAACGAUUGGCUGCAAAAUUUGGAAAAGAAUGCAGCAAAACAACUGGAAUGGGAUAACGGCAUAAAUUUGGAUGAUGAAAUGUUAGAGUUGGAGAAAGUUCGAACAGUUGUAGCAUCGUGGCUUGAUGCUUUAGAGAAUCAGGUGAAAGAGAGUAUGUGUUCAAUUGAAGAACAGUUGGGGAUUGCGAAUAGUACCGAUCGAGAACUGUUUGACAGUGGACAGAUGUCAGAUUUCAAUAAUGUGCAUCGUUUGGAUGAGUUAACAGAAACCUUGACAAAACUGGAACAGAAAAUUGCGAAUGUUGAAGAUGUAUUAGCAGAAAUGCCAGCAUGUAAUACACAAAAUAGGUCACUUUUAACUUUGGACAUUGAUCAGGAACAGCAGAUUGCCACAACCGCAAAGAAUAUCUGUAAGGGGAUGGUCUCACGACGGAAAGCUUUAUGUAAAUUGCAACAACAGGUUGCAAGUUUGAGCACUCGAUUAAAGCCGUUGAAAAAAGACCAGGGAAUAAGUAAAUUUUUCACUUCAAUAGAGUCGUCACUUUCAGUUCCAUCAUUCAGUUAUCAAACCGACAGCGAAGAAUUAGCAACAAAAACAGCAGUUUUUACUGCUCGACAACAAAAAGAACUGUUGAAAUUUUUGACCCAACGUGGUCCUGUGAAACGGUCAGAAGCAAAAAUUAUUGUGCUUGAUAUCCAUUCACAUGAAGCUGAUGAAGGAAUGUUGAAUCCAACUAUAACAGAUAUUGAAAAUCGUUUGUUUGAAGCAGCAUUAGUGCCAAUAAAAACACCUAUGAAACUCGUUAUGGAUAUUGGAACGCAGUCAUCCGAUUAUUUAAUUUCUAAAGAAACGAAAUCGUCUACAAACAUGGCCACUUCCGGUCCUAUUAUUCCCACAAGUAUUAUGCGCAGUGGAGCCAGUAAACCGCUAACAGUUCAGUUCAAUCAGUUCCAAAACUUGACUGAAUCAGUUAUUAAUUCAUCGACAACUCUACCUCCCUCUCUCAUGAAUUUGAGCAGUCCUACUGCAGCCACACCAACCACCUCCAGCUCUUUUACUGCAGAGGCUAAACAGCUUCCUACCGCCGAAUCAUUCACGAAUGUUCCAGAAACAGUGGCGUUGAAUCAAGAGCAGUCUGAUGAUAUAGCAUUUUCAUUUAAAAAUUUGGAUGCUUCAUCGGCAGAAAGGAAUAACGUUUCUUCUCGAAGAACCGCUUCCUGCACUGUCAUUACACCGAGCAGAUCUGGUUAUACUUCUGCUGUUACACAGAAAAUUUUUUCAAUGGAAAGCAACGGAAAUGAUACGGCAUCAAUUGGAUCUGCUGCAACAUCGGAAUCAUUGACAAAUACUUGUGUGGCCAUAACUUCAAAUUCAACAACAACCACGAGAACUGACAGGACUUCGAUACAAAACUCUGAAAUCUCAAGAACGAGCAGUGGAAUGGCAGUAGCAGAUUCAUCUGUCUCGACGACAACAUCCAAAACACCAGGUUCCGAAACGAAUGUAUCGUUCACUUUCAAGUUACCGGCAGCAGAAAAUCAACAAACAACUUCUGCUCCAGAUGGGGGUUCAGUAGGUGUUACUUCUACAAACAAGAUAGUCGAGUUGCAUUCAAAAGAUUUAGAUACUACAGGUGACGAUGGGAUGAUGGAAGCAGAGGGUACUUCAGUUGCUCCAACAACUUUAUUCUCAUCUUCGCUAUCCUUUGGUUUGGAGAGUGCCAUAUCCAAUGCCAAUGCGACACAAAACGUUUUUGGUUCUGGACUCAAAUUCCUUUCAUCUGCACAGCCUCAAACAACUUCACUCUUUGGUAAUGCUGCUUCUGGAAACAAGGGCACCUCAGUAUUCGAUGUUGGUGGCUCAUCAACUUCUUCUGGUGGUGCUGGACUCUUUAGCCGAACACAGCAGUCGAAUGCAGUAUCGUCAGCUUCGUUUUCGUUUAGUUCAACAGCUAAUUCGCAUAAUUCUUCUAGUCUUUUUGGGACAAAACCAACGACUACUGGUAUUACAUUUGGCGGUGCACCGUCAUUUGGUUCGAAACCAGUAUUCGGAUCUCCAUCACCACUCGUUUCAUCAUUUGGUCAACAACGUUCUCAACAUAUUGCUCCUACAACUACUGGGUUUUCUAACUUUGCUAAAACCAGUACUGUUGGAUUUGGUUCACUGGCUGCAAGCCAGCAACAGCAGUCGUCGGUUUCUGUAUUUGGUGGGAGUGGAUUUGGUGCUCUAGCGCAGCAACCUCAAAAAAGCUCAAUAUUUGGUGGAGGUCUAAAUUCAUCCGUAACUAACAGUUCCUCGUUUUCUACGUGGCGUUAGAAGAUUGAUGAAGGAGCUACUGGAAGAAGGCAGUUGAAAAAUUGAUAAAAUUUCAAUAAUUGUAUUCUUUACGC